GACAGUUGCUUGGACGCGUGCUGAAAGCGUACAUGGAAAUAUUUUCAUUUAAGCAUCGCGUUAUUUUCCGCAGAUACAUUUUCUUCUUCCUCGAAUUGUCGCGCCACAUAAAGUCUUAAAUUAGCGAAAUAAAAUGACAAAGGAGUGAGAAUUUCGCAUCCUUGUUCAAUGCGAAAUUUGUGUUUUAAUUAUUGACUGUUGAAGUUGUGUUCGUGUUCGUGUUCGUGUAUGAGUGUGAGUGUUCGGUGAUUGCUCUGUAAACGACAAUGCCUGUGUUACCGACUAUCGAAGAAGAGGAUAAGCCGACGUUGCUGCGCUCGAUGUGGAAGUAUCGCCUGCAAUUCCAGGCUUUGUCCGCUGCGUCAUUUGUUUUUAUUGCUGGUGGCAUGAAAUUGGCGUGGUCAAUAUUUGAAUCUCCCUCCGGCAAAUUCCUAUCAAAUUUUGCAACGCAUCAGUUAACGAUUUCAUGGUUUUUGGGUGUUCUGCUCGGAGCCAUACUGGCAGCCACAUUUGUACAGCGCGUUAGCAAAAAUGUUGCACAUUGUAUUAGUGGUGCCUUGCUUAUAUUCGGUGGCAUAAACUUCAUUUUAGUGCCCACCUACUUCACCGCUGUUGUGUCGAGUUGUAUCUGCGAAGGCUGUGCCUACGGGCUAACGAUCGUGCAAGCGCUGGUGACUGGUGGCGAAAUCGGAGAGAGACACAUACGUGGCCUGCUAUUGUCAUGUGAACGCAUAUUCCUUUGGCUUGGUAUAUGCUUGCAAUUACUCUAUACACGCCUAUGGUUUAAAUUUGAGCCCCCAAAUGGUUACACGUUACAUAUCGAUCAAUUGCAUGGGAUAGCUAUUGCCUUUUUAGGACUUUUUGCAAUACUGAUGACGCUACUCCAUCGCAUUGAAUCACCUUUACUGCUACAAAUGCAACACAGAGACUUGGUAGCAACCCAAGCACUCAAACGCUUGCAAGGAGAAAAUUAUCCUAACACAGAUAUCUUACGCAUACGUGAGGAUUGUAAACAGCUACUCGUCUACGACGCUGGACAAGCAGGAUGUGCUAAUUUUUGCAAGAAGAAUCUACUAACGCUUUUCAAAGUUGUCUUAGUCCGUUGUUAUGCCACUAUAUCCCUUUCGCUGCUUUUCAAUCGCGCCUUUCUUAGCGUCAGUUGGCAUGGCUUGGGCUGUGACUUUAAUUGCCUUUAUCUGUUAGCUAUUUUUGGUUUACUAGGCAGCAUAACCGGUGGUUUAAUAAUUGAUCAACAAGGGAGACGCAAAUUGUCUGUUAUUUCAUUGCUUUUGGGCGCAAUAUUCAUUUUUAUUGUUGGUGGUAUCUUCGAGCAUGUGGAGGAUUUACAACAUAUAACACAACACUUAGUGCUGGAACUGGCAGCUUAUCUUAUGUUUGCAUAUCAAUUCAUUACCUGCACUGGCAUUGCGCUGGCUUCAUCAGUUUACACGGCUGAAGCCUUCACUCUAACUGUGAAGUCAAAAUGCAUUUCUAGUGUCAUCGUGUGUGAGCAAUUAUUGCAGUUGUCCUUAGCCAUAAUCGCCUUCAACAUCAAUUAUAAAACGUCAAUAUUUUUCUUCAGUCUUGGUUCACUUGGACUACUCUUGGGUCUUUUGGUGUUCUUUUUUAUGCCGGAAACAAAAUUUUUAAUGUUAAGUGAAUGUUUGCAGAAAUUUAAAAGUGUGGUCUACUAAACUUAAAUUAGUUCUCAGUAUUUUUAUUGCAGUAUUUUAUUAUUUUUUAAACAUUUUUCAUAAAGCAUU